GAGUGUAGUCCGACGGUCGAGCUACAGAUAGAAAGGUGAAAAAUGAGGUCCUCGUUGCUGUUGCUGGGAGGCAUCGUGGUGUUUUCGGUCGCGGUCGCGAGAGCUCUUUCGUGCGUGUGCGCGCCCCUAGAGUGUGACGUUCUUACGGACGAGGAUUGCCCCGGAGGCCUCACCUGGGACCCGUGCAAAUGUUGCAAGGUGUGUGCGCGCGUCGAGGGAGAACCGUGCGGUGGUCUGUUUGGCUUUUCCGGAAGCUGUGCUGACGGUCUGCAAUGCGUGAUCAAAAACCUGCUGCCCAAUGCACGGGAAGUCGACGAGGGAGUCUGCACGAAGAUUCCGGGCAGAUGGAGGCGGCAUUGUCCGCACGGGACGAUAAUGUCUGAUCCUGGAUGUAAUUUGGUGUCCGAGGGACUGGCCGGAGAGAACGGAAACACCGUGUCAACCGGAAAAUGCGUCUGCGGACCACCGGUGCUUUGGUGUCCGGAUGAACCGCGCCCUUACGUUUACGCCACCCGACACGAGUGCAAGCUCAAUUUGGUCGCCAAAAUGGGCUACGAUGACCUCUUUAAUUCCGGAAACAUGGUGAGCGACGACGUUGAAGGAGAAACGCGCGGAGCCGAAUGCCCGGAGGACAGCGUCAAAGGGGAAAACGGUGACUGCAAAUGCGCGCCCGAGUGUCCACCGGCCAAAUGUCCAUCGGGUCAACGACCGGUCCAGGUGAAGCCGGCGGAUCCCGAUACGCCCGGUAGCUGUUGCGCUCGUUACGAUUGCGUUCUCUCAGAAUCUCGAGGGACCGAGCCGUGUCCCGAGAACACCGUGUUGACGGAAGACGGAGGAUGCGAGUGCGCGCCCUGUCCAUCAGCGAGCUGCCAGCCUGGCUAUCGCCCGGUUCAAGUGAGGGCUGCCCUCGAUCGCGAGUCGCCCGAUAGCUGUUGCCCUCUGUACGACUGCAGGCCCGCAGAAUCGGUGUCGUGGGUGGAGGCGACGACCGAGGAACCGCAGAAAUCGAAAUACUGCAUUUACGAGGGCAAGGCGAGGAAGGUGGGCGAACGGUGGCAACAGUCGGACUGCGAGAGCUGCGUUUGCCGAGACGAUGGAGUAUCCUGUCAUCAACCGAUGUGCAAAUCCUGCGAGAACGCCAUCCCACCGCAUCCCGGCGAGUGUUGCCCUCAUUGUCCCCCGCCGACGAACGGGACUCUCGCCGACUCUUGCUCGGCGUCCUUGCAAGGAUGCCCGUUAACUUGCGAGCACGGAUACGCGAGCGACGAAAACGAAUGCCCCAUCUGCAGUUGCAUCGAGUCGAAGGACAUCGACGACUCGUCGACCGAUCGUCCAAUAGCCGACAUCGACGACGACAAGAAUUGUCCCGAACCGCCUCAGUGCGGCUUCAACUGCGACCUCGUCAAAGACGAAACAGGUUGCUCGGUGUGCGCCUGCGAGAAUCCGCAAAUUUUCGACCAGCCUACGAACGACAGCGCGGCGAUCGACGAGGCGGACAAGAAAAUCUGUCCGGAACUAAAGUGCGACCUCCACUGCGAACGAGGACUGGUCAUGGACGAGAACGACUGCACGUUUUGUAAAUGUCGAGCGCCGGAAUCGAGCUGUCCGUCUCUGAUCGGCUGCAGGAAACGCUGCGCCUUGGGUUACAAGACCAACAAACGCGGCUGUCCCAUAUGCCGCUGUCGAGCUUACUGCACGGACCAUCGGAACAGCACGCAUCCGGAAGGAUCCAGCUGGCAUCCGAAUUCGUGCACCACCUGUACCUGCGAGUCCGGUGGAAGGCUCGUCUGCAAAGAGAUCGUCUGCUCCGUGGCCUGCAACGACCCGUUGCCUCCGGAGCCGGGAACCUGUUGUUCCACCUGUCCGAUUACGCCCCUGAAGGACAACGGGACGCACGGUCAUCACCAAGGAGCCAAGAGCUGGGGCACCGUGCCGAUCACCCUGAUCGUCAUACUGGGCGUCCUCUGCUUGCUGCUGAUCGUCCACGUGAUCCGCGCGCGAUUCCGUGGCCGACUCUCGCCCUCGGACGCCUCUUAUUCCUCCUACCCUCCGCAGUACUACAAGUGCGUGCCGGCUUACGACACGCCGAUGCAUCGAAACGAGAAGAUAGUACCCCUGUAAAGGAGCCGGUAUCGCGGUGUCGCUGCUACGAAAACGGCCUGACGGAUCGGAGCUCGAGAGCAGGAACAGGGACGAAACGGCCUCUUCGCCGAGGCCAGUUCCGACUCGACGAGUUUCCAUCGGCCGAAAAUACCAUACGUAGAAUUCUCAGUAUUAUUAUCGUUUGGAAACGACAAACGGUAUUGUGGACAAAAGAGAAGAAGAGAAAACGAUAGAGGAUAGAGAUGCUCGUAACGCGGCCGUCGAAACCCUCUUGAUUCCCCUGAAUCGAUGCGAGUAUCGCGUUCCAACUCGUAAAUUAUAACAUAAAACAUAGCGUAAUUAACCUGGAGAGGUAAGAGUACAUGUAUCGAUAUCAGCGAACUCGGUAGAGCUCCUAUUUCGAUCGCGAAUCGUCGUAGCGAAACGAAAGAGAGAAACAGAAAAAGCGAGCGAGCGAUAAAGAGAAUAUCGGGCGAUUUAUUAGUCCCGUAGUAUUUAGCUCCCGCGAUCUCUGGACCAUCGUUGCGAUCCGCGUUACGACGACCGAACUCCGUUGCCGAUAAUUUCUACCGCGAAUCGUUGAAUUUUCUUCGAAAACGAUUCCUUUCUUUGCAACGUCGCGUUGUUUCGUCGGCAGCUCUUUCGGAUCAACGUUCGUUUCGUCGUCGAGGACCAACGACGCGGACAAGCUUCUCCGCUUAUAUUCCGCUCGUUAAAACGACGAUCGCGUUAGAUCUAACCGCGUAGGCUAACCUUCGAUCACCGUGCCGCUAGAUUGUUCCUAUGUUCCGUUUCUCUUUUCUUUUACAGUUGCAAUUGUUCGUAUUCCAUCGGCGAAAGCCGAGCGUAGUUGCCAGACUUUCUUAUCGAUUUCGAGCGUGCCGCCUUCUUUACCUCGGCGCAAAUUUCACGCUAGAUUUUUAUACGGUUUUUGUACGGUAUUCGUUUGCGAGAAACAACGUUCCAGAGUUUAUCAAUAAUUUAUUGUUUGGACUCGCGUGAAAAAACGAGUCGGAGCCUCGAGUGUUCGCGCCUGAUCCGGAUUUACUUCCUACGUAUUCGUUCGUGACUCGACGCGCGACCCUCUGCUACUCCAACGACCAAAUUAUCCGAGUAUUAACCCCUCCGUUUCGGCGCGCCAACUUUCGCGCGCGUUCGAUUCCAGCUAAUGAAAUCGCUUCGAAGUUCGACGUACGAAAAUUCCCUAAUAUCGCUUUCACCGACUCGAUUAUAAGCUCGUCGAUAGAUUUUCGAACGCCGUCGCUAUCGGUCGCAUCACCGACGGUUCAAAAAUCGAUACGAACCGAUCUUUUUUAGCCUUUUAAUUUAUCGUUAGUGAGUUAUAGAGGAAUAGAGCUGUCCAACGUUUCCGAGCGUGGUCGUGAAAAACACGGCCGAAAAGGUUAUUCUAAAAAGUAGAGAAACUCGAGCCUCGUAAAGCAUCGGGUCGCGAUAUCGAUCUUCUCUCCGAAUUGGACGCGUAGUCUGGUAGAUCGUUCGCGAACGAAGGAGAGAUAGAAAGCGAGGGAGAAAGAAGGAAUGCGUGGCCCGUGAACGUGUGCGAAAGGUUAAGCGAUACCGACGCUACCGAACGCGUCUAGCCGCGCAGAGGCUAGAUCGUUGAUCCGCGUUGGGCCAACGAAGAGGACGAAGCUUUCCUCGUACUCGAGAGUCGUAUCGUUUUAACCGCGAUCGCGUUGUAACGCGAAGCCAACGUUAAUUGGUCGCGCGAACCAGAGACAUAUCCGUGUGCUUCGACAGGCGCUGCACGCACCUGACACUCGCGUCUUAUCAUUCCUCCUCGUCCAAAUGAACGCGUACAUACGUAUAUUUUUCCAAUGCGACACUCUCGUCUUACUCUGUACAUCUUCUCUGACCGUUUAUCGUCUAGUAAUACUAAAAGAUAAGAAAGUGUGUUUGGCCGCGUAGCCGUUGUUACUUAGCCACCGCGCGUAUUGCUGCGACGCGACGUGCCUGCGCGAGACACUAUUUUAGCGAAGGACACCAAAGAUAUCGCGCGAACGACCCGAAGCGCUCGGCUGAACUUCGUUAAAAUUCUAAGGGUAAUUUUUCGCGGCGUCGCAACAAUAUCGUUCAAUCAGCGUCGAUAGAUCGCGAGCUGUAUUUCGUGCGUGUACAGGUUGAUUUGCGUUGUCCGUUCGGACCACGUUGCGUUUACGAUAAUUCCUCCUCACGCGGGUAAAGUCGUUUCUUUUCUUGUCGCGUAUGAACGGAUCCGUUGUAUGUAUUAUGAGAAUCGUUUAGGAAAAGAUGUCCACCGUAAAGAACACGAAUUCUCGUCCGUCGCGAGACAAAGGAUCGUAAAGUCCACGAUCGUUUUACAAUUUCAGAUUUUAUUGUCGAGAUAUAAACGAUCGGAGAUCGACCUUUCGAGCGGCCAGAUUAACUCUCGUUCGUUCGAGGAAUAAUCAGGACGGACGAGGAACGGCGAGUUUUACGGUGUACGUCAUUUUUCAGACAUUUAUACGACUGUACGAAUAUGUGUCCGAAGGAAUUAUAUCGAUCGGUGUUACCUCGAAGACAAUAUCGAUGCGUCAUGGCCUCGACCGUUUCUUGUUGUUUACCGUGUGCAACUUAUUCCAGCGAUAGCGAUAAGACGUAGCGAACAGCCGGCGAACGAUAUUUUGACCAUACCCUUCCGCGGGAAAAGAGGGCAAUUCGACGUCUCCUCCGCGCGUCUAUUCUUCCAGUCAUCGAACCACGAAGAAGUAAAAGUACGUUGUAACGCGCCCUCCGACGCGCAAAUCGUGCGAUCGGGGCCGUCGGGACCCCGAUAAAGGGAAUCGUAGAGUAGCGGACAAACAGCCGGACAGGAUUUUCCGCUAUCUCGAGCCCCGCGAACCACGGAUUCCUAUGAAAUCGCGUCGCGUGUCCUCCUUCCGAAAGAGAACGUGGAGGCUAAAAUAAAAGGAACGAUCGAUCCCGUAGGACGUUCGAAACAGGACAAACGAGAUUGCGAAGCGAACGAGCCAGAGAUUCGAGAAACGAUGAAACGAUCUCUCGCCUGGUUGCCUCUAAGAAAGCACCUUGCCGUGUACAGUAAUACCUUAACGAAGUAUCAUAUCAGUGUAACCUAAACUUAUUUAAUAUGUGCGAGCUCGUAUGCGUAUUAAAAUCGUGCGUCAUGUUUAAAGAUAGCUCUUGUAUGUUAAAUAAAACACGAGACUAAAUAAAAUUGUUGAUAUGUGAUAUAU